AAUGAUGCAGGUGGAGGGCCCUGGAGAAACUUCGUUGUGGGGUUUUGUCUUAACAUGAAGUAAGGUCAAUUAGGGUUUCUCUCGAUUAAAGUCAUCUUCUUUAUAAGCUAAUAAGAAUGGAGAAAGAUCACAACUAUUCGGCACCGGUAUCCAUGCCUCCAAGCUUCAACACACUUGACUACUCUCUAGAACACGACCAACACCACCUUUAUCCACCAAAUCACCAUCAACAGCAGCUCAUGAAGUUCCAAGCUUCUGGUGAUGAAAACAACAGUGGGUCAAUGGUGGAUUACAUGCCUCAAACACCACCACCACCACCACAUGGCUUUUACGGUGGUCCUAGCACUGGCACAAUAUCCUAUGAUAAAUUGAGUUUUGCAGACGUGAUGCAGUUUGCGGAUUUUGGACCUAAGUUGGCUUUGAAUCAAACAAAAAGCUGCGAAGAAUCUGGGUUAGAUCCAGUUUACUUUCUCAAGUUUCCGGUGUUACACGACAAGAUGGAGGAAGAGCAGACUCUGAUGGUGAACGAGGAGCCUGAUGGUGAAGCAGAAAAUCACGAUGAGAGGUUCAAGUUGGUGGAUGUGGAGGAGAAGUCAAGGGUUGGUGAAGAGGGAAUGAUGAUGAGAGAAGAUGAAGAGACUCGGCUUUCUGAUGACAACAAUUCCGUGCAGAUUCGGUUUCUAGGUCAGGAAGAGACUCAGAAGAAUGCAGGAGUGCAGGAAAACAAGAACAAGAGGAAGAGACCGAGAACUGUUAAGACAAGUGAGGAAGUUGAGAGCCAGCGCAUGACCCACAUAGCAGUUGAAAGGAAUCGUAGGAAGCAAAUGAAUGAGCAUCUUCGUGUUCUCAGAUCACUCAUGCCUGGUUCAUAUGUUCAAAGGGGUGAUCAAGCUUCUAUAAUUGGGGGAGCUAUAGAGUUUGUGAGGGAAUUGGAACAACUUCUUCAGUGUUUGGAGUCACAAAAGAGGAGGAGGCUACUGGGAGAAGCUCAAGCAAGACAAGUUGGGGAACCCUCCAUUGCACAACAACAACAACAACCUCCUUUCUUUCCACCAUUGGCAAUUCCGAAAGAGCAGAUGAAGCUGGUGGAGUUGGAGAGUGGACUUCGUGAAGAAACAGCAGAGAGCAAGUCAUGUUUGGCUGAUGUUGAAGUCAAGCUUCUAGGAUUUGAUGCCAUGAUCAAAAUCCUAUCAAGGAGGAGGCCAGGACAGUUGAUCAAAACCAUUGCUGCACUCGAAGAUCUGCAACUGAUAAUCCUUCACACCAACAUCACCACCAUUGAACAAACAGUUCUUUAUUCAUUCAAUGUGAAGGUGGCUAGUGAUUCAAGGUUCACCGCAGAAGAUAUAGCCAGUUCGGUGCAGCAGAUAUUCAAUUUUAUCCAUGCAAACACUAGCAUGUGAUAACAAUUAUAUGUCGUUAUUAUAGAUGUUGUGUGCUAGUGUAGGUGCUGUGUUUGUACAAGAAUAACUAGUGAUUCCUAUAGUUACUGACAUUGAUUUUACACCAGACCUUUUCAUCAUAUGUUGUUUCGAUUUAUUAUUGUCUUUGUCGCGAGGAUGACUGAACAAGAUUAUUUAUA